CGGUUGGUCAUACAGGACUCGUGGAUUGAUGUCACGGUUCAGUGUUUUUGAAUGGUCUCUUGCAGUACCCAUGACUGGAGUCUUUAAGGCAGUCAUGGUCACCGCAGUUUAAAGAUGUAAUGCUGUGCGAUAACACACUUGAAAUAGUCCCCCCCCCACCAUGGAAAGAGCUGCUUUUAACUCCAUGUAGCAUUGCUUAUGCAUUUGCCUGGAAUGAUAUUGCACACUUUAUUACAUCAUAACCGCACAAUUAGCUUUCAAACAGUUGGCCGACAUGCUUUUGGAACCAUUUACAAGGCUCUCUCUAAAACGCCAUCAUAGGAUUUACAGAACAAGAUAAUACAAUUUGGAGAUACUUGUUGGACUUGCUGACAAUCCGUCCACGAUCAAGGUUUCAGUAAUCGGCAACAGGGCGUCCACUCAUUUCAGGAUAUUUUAUUGUCAUUUUAUAUUUUCUAAUUUUUUUAACGUGCAAUGAAAUGUUAAGCAAUUAAGGCUUUUCAAUUGGACUAGUUUUCUUUUAACCAAGUAGAAGUAACUGCAGAUAUAGGUGUACUUCAUCCUGGGGCGUAUUCCGUUCUGACGUUAUCUGACCAAGGAGGAAUUUUUUUUUUUUUUUACACCAUGACAGACAACCUGACAAUUUUGUAGCUCUCCCUGAAAGAAGAGUAUCCCAUCUAUUUGGGCUUCGUGGAGGAGCAACAGAGGAAACCUCACAGUGCCUAAAAUCCAGGAGUCCAAUAUGGCAUUUGGUGUCCUUGGGGUGUUCCUGGGGUUACUGCUGGAGGUGUCAACGCACGGACCCUCCAGUGUUCCCAGGAUGUCAUGGAAACAUCAAGAACUUGAUUUAAUAGAAUUCUCGGAACCGGGGAUUUUUAACUAUUCCACCCUUUUGUUGAAUGAAGAUGAAGCAGUGCUUUAUGUGGGAGCGCGGGAGGCCGUAUUCGAACUAAGCAUGAGAAAUGUGUCCGUCAAGAAAAAUAAGGUGAUAUGGAAGGUCCCAGACACGCAUAUGACUAUGUGUAUUCAAAAAGGAAAAUCUAAAGAGACAGACUGCCUUAACUACAUUCGCGUUCUCCAAAUGCUCGAUGACAGCAGCCUCUACGUUUGUGGGACACAUGCUUUUCAGCCUGUCUGCGACUUUCUGUCUCUCAAAGACUUUAAAUUGCAAAAGAAACAAGAGGAUGGCAGAGGAAAAUGCCCCUUUGACCCCGAGCAGAGUUUUACUACGGUUAUGGUUGAUGGAGAGCUGUACUCUGGAACGGCAUACAACUUUUUGGGAAGUGAACCAAUCAUUUCCAGAUAUUCUCAUUCUCAAAGUCUGCUGCGCACAGAGUACUCAACAUCCUGGCUAAAUGAGCCCAGUUUUGUUUACGCGGAUGUUAUUAGGGAGGGAAAGAACAGUCCGGAUGGUGAUGACGACAAGAUCUACUACUUCUUCACAGAGGUGUCUGUGGAGUACGAGUUCUUUGGCAAGCUGCUCAUACCAAGGAUAGCUCGGGUUUGCAAGGGUGAUCUUGGAGGGCAGAGAACAUUGCAGAAGAAGUGGACAACUUUCCUAAAGGCUAAAUUGGUCUGUUCCAUGCCUGAGCUCAACUUUGUGUUCAACGUGGUCCAUGACGUGUUUGUUCUGAAGAUGGACGACUGGAAAGAGAGCAUAAUUUAUGGCGUUUUCACAUCACAGUGGGGAAACGUUGGUUUGUCGGCAGUGUGCGCGUACAACAUGUCAACAGUAGAAGAUGUGUUUUCAAAGGGAAAGUACAUGCAAAAAGCGACUGUGGAGCAGUCCCACACAAAGUGGGUGAGAUUUAAUGGAAUCACUCCAAGUCCUCGUCCUGGGGCGUGUAUCAACAAUAAUAAUCGAAUGCAGAACAUCAACAGCUCUCUUCACCUGCCAGAUAAAACAUUACAGUUCAUCAAGGAUCACCCACUGUUAGAAGACCCUGUUCUUCCGAUAGGGAACGGGCCCAGGCUUAUUGCCAAGGACGUGAACUACACCCAGAUUGCUGUCGAGAGGGUGCAGGCCCUGGAUACUAACCUGUAUGAUGUCAUCUUCACUGCAACUGAUAAAGGAUUCUUGUACAAAUCUGUAAUUUACGGGAACGAAGUGCAUACUGUUGAAGAAGUACAGCUUCUCCGUAAUUCUGAACCCAUAAAGACUUUGCUGCUUUCUUCUCAGGGGAGAUUCCUGUAUGCCGGCUCUGACACUGGGGUAGUGCAAGCCCCCACGGCCUUCUGCGAGAAGUAUUCCUCUUGUGAGGACUGUCUACUGGCCCGGGACCCCUACUGCGCUUGGGACACCGAUGCCAUGGCUUGUGUCAACAUAUUCCAGGAGCUGAACACAGCACAAUGGAGCCUGGUACAGAGUCUUAAUGGUGAUGCUGACAGUUGUCCUAAAGUAAAGAUGCUCUCCAAGGAGGAAUACCACCGCAUUUCAGUAAAGCCAGGUAGCUCUGUAGAGUUACCAUGCCUCAUCAGGUCUAACCUGGGACAGGCUGUUUGGAAGGUCAAUGGCAGCAUGUUAACCGACGCCUCCAGGUUCUACUUGAUGAGCGAGAGCGGCUUGCUGAUCUACAGCGUGGCUAAUGAAGACCAAGGCCUCUAUGAGUGUUGGUCCAUAGAGUGGGGCGGGGGACGGAAUUUCACCCGCCUGGUCGCGGGCUACGUCUUGACUUUGGAAUCUUUCGCGAACACAUCCUAUUCCGGCACUUUUAGCUCCAGUGCUGCCCAUAAGUCUUCUACAGCUACUGAAGGUAAUGGCGAGUUUACGGAACCUGCGUUAACCACCGCUGCAACCAGCAUUACUACCUUAAUCAUGCCACCGCGGCCUGCCACAUCACUAACACCGUCACCCAGCAGUACGGUUAAGUUUUCGCCGAAGCAUUUCUUCCCCAGCACUGGCCCUCCACACCUGGCAACCCAUGAUCUGGAGCCACGUGACCCUUCUGCCGAGUACCUACUGCAUGACAACAGCAAUGCCCUACUCUUCCUCUUCCUCCUCUUCUUCCUCCUCUUCCUGAUCGUUGUCAGCUACAACUGUUACAUGCAGUUCCUCCCUGCUCCGUGCCUGAAGGUGCGAGCCGCUCUGCUGGUGGGGAAGAGAAAGUCCCAGCCGGAGUAUGCGGCCUGCGAGGCAGGCUUGAUGGAGCACGUGAUGGAGAAGCUGGACUCCACGGAGCAGUGUCACCAGAAUGGAGCUCGGCAGAAGGUUCUCAGGGACACGGGCUAUGAAACGGAGCCAGACUGCAGUAAUGGCAACACACUCUUGCCAGAGUGUACAGAUGAGGGCUUAUCAGUAGACAAGCCCUUUGAUGUUGUCUGUGAAUCCCAGCCCAUUGAAUAUGCUGAUGCAGAUGCUCCAUGUUGAUAAAUACUUGCAUUAUCCUUCAAAAAUUGUUGUAAAUUUUAAUGUACCUAAUAUAUGGGUUCCUAAUAUCUGUCGCACAUACCCCUACCUAUAGAUAGUCACGUAUCUACAUGCAUUUCUGCAUGCAGAAAAUAAUUUUAUGAGUCUUGAUAAGGACUUUGCUGUAUAUUUCACUGUCUACUUUUAAAUUGGUUUUUCAUACCACUUCUGAUUAAAUGUCAAUGGUAUGCUAAACACUUAAUUUCUUACAGUGGUGCAAACAUAUUUUAAACCAACAUUGUUUAUCAGUAAGUUCAGUUUUUAUUCCAAAUUGGAAACAAAGUUUACCAAAUUGGUAAGUUGGUAGAUGUUUACCAUAUUGAAGUUCUGUAGUGUUUUAUAGUAUGGGGAAGGAAUUACUUCAAGCUGUCUGUGCAGUCAGAAUGACCAGUACUUUAAGCUGAAUUUUUUGUAGGCUGAAUGCUUGCUAUUUUUUUUUUCCAUUUUAUUUUUGUAAUUCUCAGGGAUCUUGAUGUACUUGAUCUUUUAUUUUCUGUCUGUGAUUCACUAAACUGUUAAUUCAGAGCCGCUGAAGUGCAUUUGCAUACUCUUGGGGUGAUUUAGAGCAUGAUUUAUGACGUCUAAAUAAAUGAUGAGUGUAGAAAUGUAGUAUUAUGCUGGAGACAAGUGACUGAAAAGAUUUCUAUUCCUGUGAAAAUGAAAUCUGGAAUUUAAAUGCCCAAAAUCCCCCCAAGUGACAUUUAAUAUACACAUUAAUGACUGCCUUGCAGUUGGGGACAUUGCAUCACAAUGCUUAACCAUGUACAAUGCUUUUUGUGGUUGUUAUAACCUUUGCGUGUUACUGUUAGAAAAUGCUGGAUGUGAUUGGUCUGACCAAAAUACUGGGCAAACCUGUCUAACCACAACAUGAGGUUCCAGUGUAUUGAUCUAACAUUCCAGAACAUUUUUUUUUUUUUUUUUAAGGACCAGUAAUGAUGUGAGUGUAUAUAUGAUUUAAGUUUUAGAUCACGGGUAGGAAACCCUGAUCCUGCAGUGCCGGUAUUUUCCAUCCUACCUGAUGAGUUGCUAUCUGCCUGACAUCAGGUGUGGUUCAUCAGAGACCAGGUAGGAUAGAAAAACCUGCUGGACGCUGGCACUCCAGGAUCAGCGCUGCCUCCCCCUGAUGUAGAUCAUCCUGUACUUGUAAAAGGAAAGAACAGCUUAUGUGUAGUGUGUGGGUUGAUCCUUCUGCUUGAGUGAGGCAGCCUCGUCAGCCCCCUUAUCCUCCACUGACCGCUCCUUCCCUUUCUGUUUCACAUCCUUGUGAAGUUCAUGACCUCUGUCCUCAGUGCACUUUCCUGUUUCUCUCCCAUUUUGGGCCUCGCACCAUCUCCGCUCCCAGCACCCCUUGUAUCACCCUCUCCUGCCGACAUCUCAUCCCCGUCACCUCCCAAGAGCCCUCCUUCCCUCCCUUCCUCCUCCUCCUCCUCCUCCUCCUUGGGGGUGCGGCUGCUACCCCCUCUUCUGAGUGACCAGGCUGUUGGG